CGCCUGCCAAGCGGCGCUGGGGCGACGCCUCGCUGGCCAACGCCAUGACGCCCUCGCCAGCGUCCAUGCAGGACGGCCGCUGCAUUGCUCCAGCCGCCAGGGUGCGGUUGCGUUAAGAGUCCCUCGUGCGCGCCAUCGUCCUUCUUGCCUGCGCUCCACCUCCCUCCGGCCAGCCCCCACUCCACACGGACAGCUUGACGCUGCUUCCACCUCUCGUCUCGUCGCUCUCGCUUCUCAUUCUUAAUCCUCCCGCGUCGCCUCUGGCAGGCGUGCGCUUCUCUUUCUUCUCGGCCUCUCCUGUCCUCUAGUCCCCUCACCCUCUCCCUUCACCAUGGCCGCCUCGCCCGUUGUUGCCGCCGACGCGCUGGCGCAGAUCUCGCCGGCGCGCCGCCUCAAGCCGCUCGUGCUCGCCAAGACGUCGGGCGACUCCGUCUCGUCGCCGCGGCGCCCGUCCGCCGCCGGCGGCCCGCUGGGCGGCUACCGCGUGCUCUCCGAGAGCGGCGAGGCGGACGUGGCGGCGGAGCGCCCGGCGCCGCGCCGUGUCUCGAUGGCGGACCGGCCGUUGAUUGUGCAGGUGUCGCGGCCGUCGCCGGUGGAUGUGCUGCCGUCUGCUCGUCGCUGCUCGGGCUCGCAGCGGCGGCGCGUGUCGUCGGGACGGGUGCCGCCGCGCGCUCGUCGGGCGCUGCCGCUCUCCCCUCCGCCGCAGCAGGGCGCAGCGCCGAUGCACUUUGUGCUGCACUCGCCCGCCGGCCUCCUCGACGCCGGCCUGCUCUCGUCGCCCGACGCCCCGACGCCGCCACUGCCGUCCAAGCUGCGCGUCCCGCGGCUGCGCGCGCCGCACGCCGUGCACGGCCGCCGCGUGCGCUCCGAGACGUUUGCCUUUCCCGAACCGCCGGCCGCCGGGCUCAUGGGGCUCGGCCUCGGCGACAUUGGCAACGGCUUCGCCUCACUGCACCGGCGCCCCAUGCCGCGCCUGCGCAUCCCGCCGUCGCCGGCGUGGGCGCAGGACGCCACCGAGUGGGUCAACGGCCUCAGCCCGCUCGCCGCGGCGUCGUCGAGCGACGAGUGCGGCCUCACGGGCGCGCAGGGCUGGAGCCCCGACUCGAGCUCGCUGCCGUCGCCGGCGCUGGCCAGCAGCCCGCGCACGGCGCCGCUGGCGCUGCAGAAGCGCCGCACCGUCUCGCAGCCCGCGCCGCCGCCGGCAGCCAACGACGACGACGACGACGAGGAGGAGCCCGAGGAGUACCCGUUUCCCCUCGUGCCGACGCAGCAGCGCCCCUCGUUUGGCCUGCUGCGCCUGCCGGCCGACUUCAGCGAGACGCGCGCGCCGUCGCUGGCCGAGCAGAUGGCCUUCGCUUGCGGCCUCGGCAGCGACUGCGAGUGGGAGACGGAGGCGCCCGUCGCCGUCGCCCGUCCGGCCAGCCAGGCGUACACGUCGGCGGCGGCCUACCUGACGCAGAGCUACGGCACCUCGGACGACGAGCGGCCGCUCAGCGCCGAGGUUGGGCACAGCUGGACCGGCCGCCUGCAGAGCGACAGCGAGGACGACGAGGCGGCCUUCUGGCGUGCGCCCGUCGCCUCGCAGUCGGCACUGAGCCGCAGCAACACCGUCACCUCGACGCUCACCGCCGACAGCCCGAUCCUCAGCGGCCAUCUCGCCGCCGACUCGGGCGCCUCGAGCGACGAGUCGCUCGCCUCGCCGCGCUCGGCGUUUAGCAGCUCGGGCGCCAGCGAUGCCUCGUCGGCGACGUCGCACGGCGUCCACAGCAUGCAUGGCUACGGCACAAAGCAGCUGCAGCGGCAGCCGGCGCCGGCGUUCAGCCCCGUCGAGAUCGACCGGCUCUUCCACACGAGCCUGCUCACGCCGCUCGCCGCGCCCUGCACGCCGCAGCUCGUCACGCCCGAGGUCGCGCACGAGCAGGGCGAGGCCGCGCAGCCCGGCUCGCCCGGCAUGCUGGCCGAGUUCAGCUACCUGCUCGCCGACGGCGGCGUCGAGGAGGCGUCGCCGGCAUCGACGGUGGCGUGUGGCGUGUUCAGCCCGGCACUCAACGACGCCGAGCUCAACCUGCCCACGACGCCCGCGCCGCUCGAGCACCUGCCCAGCCCGACGCCGACGCCGGGCGCCUUUCCCUUCGCCCGCUCCACGCCGGCACUGGCGCUCCUCUCGUCGGCCUCGUGCCCCGCGCCUGCCUCAUCGCGCACCGAGGAUGCGCGCCUGCUGCAGUCGGCCAGCACGGCGCCGUCGCACAUGUUCAAGAGCGCCAGCUUUGCCGGUGCUGUGCCCGCCGCAGAGGCGCCAGCCAGCGUGCUCUCGCGCCCGCGUCCCGGCACCCGGCGCUCGACGUUCUUCGGCGGAGCCGGUCCCGCCGUCGACCGCGCCCAGACGCCGCCCAAGGUCAUCGUGCUGCAGCUGCGCCGCCCGUCCGGCUCGCCCACGAGCGCCGCCAGCCCGCGUCCUUCUAUCCCGGGACGGCGCAGCUCGCUCGAGUGCAAGCCGGCAUCCGUCGCCGAGGCACGGGCACAGGUCGUGGCACCCUCGCGCAACUCGCCCGAGGCCUUCUGGCAGGAGACCAGGGCCGAGCUGGCACCGUGCACGGCCGCCGCGCUGCCUGCCGCCGCACUGCCGACGGCCGCCUCGGCACCGCAGCUCGAUGCGCUGGCAGGCGCACCGCGUCCGCGCCGUGUGCCCGUGCCCUCCGUCUCGGCACUCGAGCUGCUCGGCGGCGGUGCGGCCAAGAACGCGGCGGGCAUGUCGCGCUCGCGCUCCGAGCUGCUGCCGUCGACGGCGCCCGCGGGCGUGCUGAGCCCGCGUGCCAUGGCCGAGGUGCGCGAGGCAUGCCGCCAGAAGCAGGCCUUCCUGCGUGCCGCUGCCGCCGCCGGUGUCGCUGGUCCUUCGGCGCAGCGGCCCUCGUCGGCCAUGUCCGGCUCGCUGGCUGCGCCGUCGCCGCGCUCGGUGCGCUUCAGCCAGGAGGUCGUGCGCUCGGCAGCGCCGUCCGUGGCGCUGCUCUCGCCGACGUCGAUCCUCAAGCCAUCGCGCCCCACGUCGGCGCAGUCGGCGCCCCCCGCGCCGCGCUCGCACGGCAUGGUCGCCUCGGCGUCGCUGCCGACGCUCUUCGUCGCGCGCUCGCACUCGCAGCGCCGCCGCGGCGUCACGGGCGUGCCGGAGACGGAGCCGACGGCACAGGCACUCGCCAAGCUCGGCCUCAACGUCGGCUGCGCCACGCGCUCCUCGACGGUGCGUGCGGUCUCGGGCGCCGCGGCACCGGCGGCGCCCAGCGGCAUCAUCCUCGUUGUCGAGGAGGUCGUGCACGAGGAGGAGCGCUGUCUCGUGCGUCUCUGAUGUGGCUUGUGUCGGCUUCUGCUCUGCAAUAUAUCCCCCACCCUCUCCCUCG